AUGGCCGAUGAACUGGUAAUUGGUGGCGUGUCGUUUUCUUCCCGACUGAUCGUCGGUACCGGCCGGCAUCGCAGCAUGCAGGAAAUGAUCGAUUCCCUCGAGGCCUCGGGCACCCAGAUGGUCACCGUGGCCAUCCGCCGACUCGACCUGGACAAUCCCGAACAGAACAUCCUCGAGCACAUCAACCUCGACAAGUACCACAUCCUGCCCAACACCGCCGGUUGCCGCACCGUUGAGGAGGCCUUGUUCGUAGCCCGCCUCGGCCGGGAGGUCGCCCAGACCGACUUCGUCAAGCUUGAGGUGAUCCCCGACGCCAAGUACCUGUUCCCCGACCCCAACGGCACCCUCGAAGCGGCCCGCCAAUUGGUCGCUGAGGGCUUCAAGGUUUUGCCCUACAUACACGCGGACCCGGUCCUGGCCAAGAACCUGGAAGAGGUCGGUUGCGUAACCGUCAUGCCCCUGGGCUCCGCCAUCGGCUCGGGUCAGGGCAUCCAUACCAUCGAAGAGGUCCGCAUCAUUCUCGAGAACGCCACGGUGCCGGUGGUGGUGGACGCUGGCUUGGCCGUCCCCUCCGACGCUUCGAAAGCGCUGGAAAUGGGCGCCUCCGCCGUCCUCGUCAAUACCGCCAUCGCCCAGGCCGAGAAUCCGGCCAUGAUGGCCGACGCCUUCCGCAAAGGCGUGGAGGCCGGCCGGCAGGCCUAUCUGGCCGGUCGCAUACCCGUGCGCACCGAGGCCAUCGCCAGCAGCCCUCCCACCGAUGUCCCGGAACCGGUCGCGGCCGCCUGA